AGCCAAAGUUCUCGAAAUGGUGCACUGAAAAUGUGGGUGCCAAAGUAAGUAAGCAGCAUUUUGUAAAACCAGAGCACCCGUAGAACAAGGAUGAUGUUUUAUUUAGGUCUGGGCAACCAGGGUGUACAAAGGAGCUAUUCAGUGGACCUCAACGAGUGUGUUUCCUUCAAACCUGAAGUCUGUUUUGUGUUGGACUGUUGGCUCAGGCCGGGGACAUAAACGUAAGUGAUUGUGAGUAGCUUCAGCCGAAGUGGGGAACGACCACCGUCAUUGAAGUUUGCAGACCAAGCUAUAUCUUCUUGUACGGAGAACACACUGGACGUCGACCACACUGUCCACAGCACUGUCGACAAUUUACUGUGGACCACAGUCACCACACUGUCGACAAGUUACUGUCGACAAGUUACUGUCGACUACCCUUACUGCUGGAGUGUAUAUGCCGAAGACGACCGGUCCCGACAACCCUGGUCGUGCGGGGCGUGGCGGUGACGCCCCCGAUGUGAGGGAGAGCCACGCCUACUCGUUCUCGACAGCUGUAAAUUGGUUUGCAGAGAUGAUGAACGGAGGGCCGGCUCGGCGUAAGGCCGAUGAGAUAGACCCGCGGCGGGACCAGCCGUUCAAAGUCCUGAUCGUCGGGGGCUCCAGCGUCGGCAAGACCUGCAUACUGCGGAGAUUCGUGGACGGGGAAUUUCCUAGCAAGUGCAAAGCCACUUUGGGUUUGGAUUUCAAAAUCCGCUGCGUGCAAGUGGGCGACCGGUUGAUCAAGAUGCAACUAUGGGACACGUCGGGCCAGGAGAGGUUCCGCUCCAUGACCCAAGCCUACUACAGGGGCGCCGCGGGGGUCAUGAUCGUCUAUGACGUCACGGAGGAGACCACGCUACAUGGGCUGACCAGCUGGCUGGAAGAUGUCAAAAAGUAUGCGCCAGAAGAUGUAGAUAUCAUCAUAUUGGGAAACAAAAGUGAUGUAGUUGAACAGCGAGUGGUUUCCAAAGAGGCUGGAGAAGAGUUCGCGAAGAACCAGGGGCUGAAGUUUUUCGAGACCAGUGCGAACGACAACACGAAUAUAAUGGAGGCCUUUGAAGAAAUGGCCGUACUACUGGCGAGCAAAAUCACAGCGACAAGGAAACGAGUCAACAGCAUAGCUAUUACGUCACCAGCAGAAACCAAUGGCGACGCCACCAAACAUGGCGGCCCGGGCCCAGUAAAGCCCAAGUGUGCCUGCUAACACGCAAGGGAGACUUGCAGACUAUUUAUGGACAAACUUAACUUCAUUUGGAACUGCGAAGUUGGAUGAUAAGUGACAAGAACUCCCGGUAAGUUCUGGAAAGGACGCUGGAGAUUGUGAAGAAAACCCUGCCAAUUUGAUGAUGAAGGGGGUUGACUGAAUUGACACGCCCCUUUAGGGAUUCGCUGGAGGACAUGCGAACGUGUGAGGGCGUGUUGUCUAAUGACCUGUUGACCAAAAUGAGGUGACGGAUCGUCCGUCCAUGUUUUGCCCAUAAAUUGGAAUUCUUCAUGACGGCCACUGGUCUUUGAUGUCAUCUACACAAGCGUCUCCAGCGUUGUUCGUAUUCAGAUCAGUUUUCUCUGCGCAUGCGUACACACGGACGACUAUGACUACACAGCGCAUGCGUACAUGCAGACUGACGAAACAGUACUUUUAAAUAUUUGUUUGUGUGGUUGAAGUAACUUGUAAUCCAGCGAAAAAGUUGUGCCGAUUUAUCUUUUGGGGACCACAUGACACAUAAUAAUGUAAGUGUGUAUUAUUACGCCAUUCGGGAAAUUAACACGAAGCUAACUUUCAAGCAGACUUGAAAUAAAUAGUUUCUCAGGUUUUGAAGAAAAUCAUCGGGUUUCGUCGGAGAAAAAAAAUGCACUUUAGAUUAAAUUUGUGCAUGGGAAAGAAGUUGUGGUUGACCGAUUUAUUUUCGUCGGUUUCGGAUCUUUGGUAAAAUUCAAAGAUAUUCCUUUUGGGGGGAAAUAAUUGCCAACAAAUAUUAUGCCAAAAUCAUGCAAUAUUCGUGAAUUUUCUUUGUUAAUGUAAGGUGUGAGUUGUUGAUAUUUUGAAAAAAGCCAUUUGUAUUGGAUAACCAGACAACACCACUGUACAUAGUUCAAGAUGCUGAAGUCCAUAUAAACAAAAUUAACAUAAUUAAUGAUUACCUUAACAUUUCAAUGACAACAAUGCAAUUUUUUAAAAUUUAAUCUUGUAAAUUGUAUAUUUUGUAUCAACGAGACUGUUUUUCAGCAGGAUUAUCAUGAUUAUCUUCGCAAGCGAAAGAGGCCAAUAUUUUUACUUUCUUUUUGUAAAUAAACACGACAAUGAUAAA